GCGCAACGCUUUUGGUUCCGCUUUCGCUGGUGAAAAAAUCUAACGUUUUUUGCUUGUUCUUAGCUGCGGCCGCGCUAUCUUGGACAUGCAAGCGCCGUUCAUCGUCCGCACAACACAGCGGCUAAUCUCUGGAAGCGAUCUCCAGCGAUAAAGGGAUCAAUCCGGCCCUUCGUCGUCUUCCCGACGCCGGUGCUCGCUCGAAUCGCCCCAGGCGAAAGCACACAGUCAUCAGCUGGGAGAUGCGACGAUGUGCAUCAAGCGUCGUACUACCUCUAUGGUCGUAAGGUGCGUUGACUGGUACAGCUGCCGCUGUGUGUGCGGGUUGCCGUCGUGCUGAGAGGCUACCGCGAGGUUUGUUUACACCGUUUUGCGGGCGGUGCGAGCUACUUGUUCCGUCAUUCAUCGAGGUGACUACGCCGGUCCCUCUAUUGCGAACGCGGCCGAACCCGUCCGGUGGUCCGCCGUACAGGCCAUGCCAGCGGGAGGGACGCCUGAAUCGCACCUGUUGAGCCGCCGCGCAGUGUGUGGUGGACGGAUCGCGCUACCGGUCAAGCCGCGGACGCCAGCGGCAUGACGGCGUGCUGACGCUACCUGUCAAGGGUUGCACAGCUCCGUUGAAAGCCUGCUGUGCUGUGUGUCGACGCCCAGCAGAGAGCAGCCAUGACGCACCGGUUGAGCCUGUCCAAGCUGACGGGCAAGCAGGCGACAUCGUCGCCCAUGCCCGUCAUGUCCUUCCGCUACAAUCCGUGCGACGAGGACAUCCAGGAGUUGCAGCCCAUUGGCUCUUCUUCCAAGGACAGUGGCGCCACCCAGCAGCCGCAGCAGCAGCAGCAGCAGACCCAGUCCAGCAGCUGCAGCAGCUCCAUUCCGGGAACAUCGACUCAGGCCGCGGAGCGCUCCGUUGUCAGCACAAGCUCCCGGGACUCCUCCGUGGAAAGGAGGCCCUCCGCUGGUCCAGUUCCCGAAAGGCGAGCGACCAGCGCGCCGGACCUGGACGUCCUGGACCACCCGCUCGCAAAUAUCGAGAGGGAACCCUCACCCGAGCCCCCUGAAGUCUCGAGUGGGGCUGGCACAGCAGCGCACGUGUCUGAGGUUGCAUCGCCAGUGGAACCGGAGCCCACCAAAGUGGAGUCAUCGCCAGUCAAGGACUCUGUCAAGGACUACCUUUCCAAGUUCAGCAAGAAGGCCUCCCUGUCGCAUUCCGUGGCUGAGGCCAACUUGCCAACGUCGCCUAGCGGGACUGCCAACACCACUGCCGCUGGCCCUAGUGAAGGCACGGACGGCUGGUUUACAGGCCUCAAGGGGCGCCUGACCAAGCGGCUGGAAGAGAAGCGGCACGGCACGCGGCUGUUACGCCGAGACGAUGACUCGAAGUCGGCAGCUGCAACAAGCGACGCCGCUGGCACGACGACCGGCACCACCACCGCCUCCUCUAUUGUGCUCCAUGACGACGAGACAGCGUCGGCCCGCACGACGGGACACACGCUAGACGAGUGCAAGGAGGCAACAGAGAAGGGCGAAGACACGGGCACGACUAGGACGGGCAGUACCAGGGCCACCGUACAAUUCGCAACCACUGGCGGCGACGAGGGCCCCGACCCCGACCUCACGUCCUGGGAGUUUGUCGAGCAGCCUGAGAGGCCCCUGAAGCAGCCCGUCCAGGCCCAGCCGCCCGCGGCCUCUCACGACUUCUCAGCCGCAUUUCGCUGCUCGCAGACGCCGAACCUCACCGCGCUCGUGCACGCCAUGAUGAAGACCAAUUCGUUCCUCAUAGCGGGUGUCAUCGGGCUGUUGGCUAUGGUGCUUCCCAUGCCGUCGUUCUCUAGCGGCCUUGUCGUCGGCUGCGUCGUGUCCUUCUUCACCUUCGGCUUCCUGUGGUACCUGCUGGUGCCGACGCAGGAGCGGUUCCCCUUCGAGGUGCCCGACUAUGCCAGGAUGCCGCCGCUGAAGGUGCCACGGUACCCUAUGGGCGACUCGAGUCGCCUGGACGCCAACUCGUACGAGGGUUGGAUGUCCCAGCUGCCCUUUGAGAGCGAGUAUCACAUCGAGACGCACCACAUGAACAACACCCAGUCAGUGCACCUGGUGCUGACCGGGAACAUGCUGCGGCUGCGCUGGCCGAAGCACCCGGUGCCGCGCCGAGCCAUGUGGAACGAGAAGCGCCCAGAGCCCGUGUUUGUCAGUCAGCGGCACUUCAGCCUCACCGAUGCCAAGGUCAUGCUGCUUCCAGAGAAGCUGGCACGGGACAGAUUGUGGAACAAGAAGUACCCGAUUUGUCUUCUGAUACCGUCCGAGGACCACCACGUGCGCCAGAUGCAGAUUGACUCCAGCCAGGCCGACACAGUGACCCGCUUCAACUCCGACGAGGACGCGAAUGACACGGUGAAGGACCUCUACGUGAGGGACCCCAACAAUGACGAGGCCGACACUGCUGCCGCUGCUGCCCCAGCCUCUUCCAAGGACGACCUGACAAGUUCCAAAACUGCUGUGGCUGGCAAGGACUCGAGCCAGGAGAAGGCUCAGGCACAGACGAACGGCUCCGUGUCGAAAGACUCUCAGCAGGCGUGCACGUCAGCCACGCAGGCCAGGCUGGAGCACGAGGUGCUAUACUUGUUCGCACGGACAUGCCGGGAGAAGGAAGAGUGGUUCCGGAGGUUCCAGCAGGCCAUCGCUUGUGGUGGCAAGAGCUCAAAGGUGAGGCGGAUGCAGUUUGAUGACUCGUCCGGCCAGCUCGUCACGUACGAGGCCUACAUCGAGGAGCUUCAGCUGCGGCAUCGCGAGCAGCAGUGGCUUCCGUCGUGCCUCGCGAUGCCGAAGAGCACGGCCGUGGCCUCGCUGCUUCCUUCCCCGCCUAGCACCGGUUUCUCACAGGGUAUCAAGUCUGAGACGCAGUGGCUGAACAUGCUGAUUGGGCGGCUCUUCUACGACAUCUUCACCCAGAACGAGUGGGCCGACGUCGUUAGGCGUCGCAUCCAGAAGAAGCUCAACCGUAUCAAGGUUCCGUUCUUCAUGGAGGAGCUGAUGGUGACGGACAUUCACCUCGGCUCGCAAUUGCCAUACAUACGGCGCACCUCAGAGGCCGUGGUAGACAAGCGGGGUGUCUGGGUCGACAUGGACGUCACCUACAGCGGGGCCUUCUACAUGACCCUCAGUACCAAGCUCAACCUAAUGCGGCUCAAGCGCUCGCAGACUGAGGAGAUGCAGAGCCUUGCCAUAAACCAUGAUGCCUAUGACGACGAGAGUGCCGCUUCCUCAUCGGACGAUGAGGGGGCCACUGCUGACAAGGGGGAGUCGAGCGCCAUCUCUCGAGACCCGAGCUCCGCGACGGGCACGGGGAAGAAGCUGCUGGAGCUGGUGGACAAGAUCGCCCAGUCUCGCUACUUCCAGCAGGCCACCGAGAACCGCUACAUCAAGCGCAAGAUGGAGGAGGUCUCCAACACGCCCCUCGUGCUUACCGUCGAGAUUAGCCACUUGGUGGGCACGGUGGCCCUCAACAUCCCGCCUCCACCUACAGACCGCGUCUGGUACGGCUUCCGCACGCUGCCCAAGAUGCAGCUGGUGGCACGACCCAAGCUUGGAGCCAAAGAGGUCACCAUUGCCCGGGUCACAGAGCGCAUAGAGAAGAUGCUCUUCCUCGAAUUCCAGAGGAUUUUCGUCAUGCCCAACAUGGACGACUUUGUGGUUCCGUUCAUGUUCAGCGACGUCACAGAAUCGUGAGGUGCACUUUUGCACGGCCCGUCCCCACCAAAAAAAGAGAGAGAAAAGAAACGGAGAGUGAGACUGCUAACAGACGAUGGCACUUUUGUCGCCUGCUGCAGCGACGCAACGUCCUUGCACACUUUGGAGAGGACGCCCACCUGCACUCGGAGAUUACGAACUGUUUUUGAACCACUUAAUGAUAUUUUAUUGCUUGGUGUUUUAUGUACAUUUUUCUGCCAUCGCUUUGCACAGUUUUCAUCUUUUUCUUUCUUUCUUUCUUUUUUUUAACCGACGGCUUUCUUAGGAUUCUGUAAACACAGAUCUGCGAUCACCAUUGUGUUGAGUUUAGUUUCUUUCAACGCACAUCUCUACUGUAGCUGCAGGAGAAAAAAAGUUAUUGCGUUAUCGUUUUUAUUAUUAAUAUCUAUUAUUGACAUAACCCUUUCUCUGCACUUCAGUGUUGCGGAUGCUUGCACCAUACGAUUCUUUGUUGUACAUGUUUAGGAAAGAAAAAGCUAAGACGGAAUGAGCGUUUGCAUCUGAACAACUGUGAUGGCUGCAAUAGUGGUUUUGUUGUGUUCGAGUUUCUUUCUUCAUUGCUUUGCCUGUCAUGCAGCUUUUUUUUUUUUUUGUAGCUCUUAUUCCUCAACCAAGAUGUUAUUCAAACAACGUCCUUGCUGCAGACUCAGAUAAAAUAAGUAACUCUUUAGAGGGAACUCUGCUUUCAGAGCUCGUGGGGAUAUAAAAGAGUUUUCCUGCUAGUUAUUGCCAUAUGCUUCUUUCUUUUGAUCCUUUUGAAGACAAUCGGCAACUUUCGUAAUUGAGGACACUCACGUGCCCAUUAGCUGAAUGUUGUGUGCAUAAUGUUGCAUUUGUUAGGCUUGAUGUCAGUCUUGUUAGGCUUAACGUCAAGGUCUUCGUUAGGCCUAACAACAAGGUCGUGUUAAGCCUAACAUUUAGGGUUUGUUGAGCUUGACAUAAGCGAAUUGAGGGCACACUUGGGCGGCUAGGCCUUUCCGUACAAAGUCUUUCACGACCUUUUAAAGCGUCAUAUUUGCCAGAAGUCUUCUGUGAAGUUUAGAUAAGCUUGGCACUUUGUCCCACGUGACUGCACUGGAAACGAGAGGAGGAGAAACAGUACAAGGUGAUGGUCUGAAGUAGUAUUACAGGGGAAGAACGAAGUUUGCACGGUGAAAGGUUUUUACCAUUAGGUUUUUUUAAACUGCUGGGAGAAGUGAGCGAAUGAAGUGCGUCUUCCACAAAUGUUUCUGAAAGAAAUGCCGUGUGUGUUGCAGUCACUGUAUACGGGGUCGAAUGCACACAUGGCAUUCUACUGCAGGUUUCUCAGGUUUAAGCCACGACAAAGUGAACUUGUUGCCGAUGCCUGCGUGGUUGAGGAUUUCUCCCCGAAGAUGUUGCAUCAUUUUAAUAUGUACCUCAUCGUUAAUUUUUUUUUCUUGGUGUUGUUUCUGCGAUUUGUGUGUCGUGAUCUUGGGUGUUGUGCAUACUUCAAGCAACUUGCAACGUCAGGCAAUUAGCAACUUCUUGCGCUUCUUGUGUGGCGCGUUUUCAAGGACCCUUGCAGCGAUCGCUUGCGAGGUGUCAGCUCAGUUGCAUUUGGUGUGUGUGUCUUUAUUGUGUGGUAAAAUACUCUUCGCAAACUAAGAGAAAUCUGAGAUUUUCAGGAAGUGUUUGUCUUUUUUGUAAUGUUGGCUUUGGUGAUCGAUGGUGCUUAGAUGUGGUCCCUGUAUACAUAGCCCAAGAUUCUGUCUCCGUUCCUUUACACCCCACUAUCCAUUAUGAGCGAGUUUUCCCGAAAAAAAAAUGUGCGCAUUCAAAUUUGUACUUUUCUAUUGCACGUCGAAAUCGGGUGGACGACGCUACAUAAAAGCUGUGCUAGUUUUGCACUUUCGUGUCGCACGAAGGCUUGUUUUAAGGAAAAAGAGAAAGUGCACAGCUUUUACUUAGUGUUGGGUUUGUCAUACUGUACCUCAUUUGUCGCAGCACACCUUGGGCCCUUUCAUGAGUGCUAACAGCAAAUUGUUUCAUAAUUUUUUUCAGAUUCAUAAGCACGGGUGUGAGUGUUGAGCUCUCAAGAUUUGUAAUCCGGUGUUAGGCUGCAUUGAGUUAAGGUUAAUAUCAGUUUGCACUGUGCCAGAAACAAAUGAGAAACGUGAUCUGUCGUCAAUGCAACUGAUGACGCCCGAGCUUAACAUAUCUUGACGCUGGUGCAUUCCUUAUCAAGAGUAUAAAGCAGUACCCUGCUCAGUUAGUCGGCUGUUUUGUUGUAGUCUGUUGCACUUUCGUGCACCUAUAGAAAGUACACCUUUUUGUUUAAGCCCUGUCAAGACAAAUACGAAUAUAUUGCUUCCUACAGUGGAUCUUGACAGAAGGAUUGAUGUCAGUAGAGGAAGAUGUGUAUUUAUAAUUAAUAUAUAGCGUGCGUUUUCUCCUUGUUCUAAAUGUGGUGUACUUUUUUUUUUGUGCUUGUGGCUCCAAGCAAGGCUACGUAGGUCUCUUUGUUUCUCUGGUGCCCAGAUCACACGUGCGGCCUUCGUCAUAGGUGUAUGGGCCACGAUGUGUGUAGCCGAGAUUAAUUGUAGGCCCUCUUCUCAAAAGCCAGAGAUAUUGACACAGAAAAAUCUGUCUUCAUUCUUGAGACCUUUGGAGUGUUGGAGGAGCCCAACCAAAUGGCCCAGCUGCAGUUUCGAUCUUUGUGCUGUGGCCUUGACAAUUUUGACGAGGGCUAUGCAGGUCUGUUAACAGCAAUAUGCAAGCGCAUGGCUGACAGCGUCGCCGGUGUCGUCUGCUGAUAACCAUGGGCACUGGCGGCGAGGUUGGUAGCAUGUGGCACAAAAGCCAGGUGCUCACUUUUGAGUAGCAUCCAUGGCUUGAGCCAGCAGACCUGCUUGACCGGUCCAGUCAAGCCGGUGCUUGUCAGCAGGCGGUGCUGAGGGUGCUGUUUACCACACGCUCACGUGUUUCUGGUACUAGAUCUGGGCUCUCUGCAUCACUGGAUGUUGGAGGUGGUUUAAGGGAGUGCGCUGUGAAGCGAGGUAUUUUUUUCCCGGUUGAAGUUGCUGAGGUUGUCUGGCGAGAAAUGCCAUGUUGUUCCGUCCGAAGCUUGUGAGGCUGUUGGCACACGUGCGACUUUGUAUUGAAUGCAUUCCUUUUUCGCUGUAGCCAUGUUUAUUCUUGGUUGCAGCUCGUUAGGCUGGCUUUUGGCCACUCGGGCAGCCGUGUGGAAGAAUCCUCUGGCGUGACCCCCAUGGGGCAGGUCACUGUUCAUGGAAACAGUGGCUUCGGGACGCACUUGGAACUUAGACUUCAGCUUGCCCCUAAAUUUGCUUGUGUCCUUUCACCCUCAAAGAUAUCUGCAGUAUCCUUUUUAUUUGCAAAGAUGGCUGCCUAGCUGUGUCAUUUGGUUUGUCUGAUUGCGUUUUUUUCUAUAUUUACCUAAAGCUUUACGUUUCGCACACUUGAAAAGAUGGAGCCAUAUGUACAGUCAACAUAGAAAGUUUUCGGACUGCGAUUUCUAACGAUAUGUUCAAUUUCUGAGCAGUUUGUGGCCAUAGCCAGUAAAACCGUAAAAACGCCGUGUUGUCUACAGAUACUAGUACAGUUGAACCUUGCUAAUAACAAACAGAUAGAACGAAUUAUCAGAUAUAAUAUAAAUACUUUUUCUUGCUGAUGUCACUGUGUAGCAAAUAUAUGCUUAGUGACUAUUUGAUAAAAUUUAAGUACCCUAGUAUCAGAUGCAACUUCGUUAUAAGAAAAUUUGACUGUAUAGGAUGAAAAUCCAUAUACUAGGCUGUGUACCUAAGCCAUGGAAAUGGGUAUUAAUUUUUUUUUCAGGUCCCACUGCCCAUAAACUUCUGAUGUGGACUGUAGAUAAAGCUAGGAAACUGCUUUUCUGCAUGGGAAAUAUUUUAGCUGUAAUGCAGAAAGCAAGUCGAGCUAUGCGAAUUACGGAAUUUCUUUCCAAAUCUACUCCUGUGCUACCUUGAAGUUUCAAACUUACGGAUGUCUUCUAGGUAGUGUGGCACGGACCAUGUGGUUUAUAUAUAAAGCACAGCGUCGCCUAUGGCAGCAAUUGAGGACCAAAGAUGUAACCUUCGUUCACUUAAGUUUUGAUUUGGCGCCAAGGAAAAACAACUUUGUGUUUUCACUGUAAAAUGUUUUGAGCUUCGCCAGAAACUGAACGUAUAAGGUCACCUUUAAGCAGCUGAACAUCUCGCACUCCCCUUCCACAUGCUGAAUCCACGAGUGGCCACUGUCCUCAUCUCAAUCUAUGGCUUUUAGAAUUUUAUUUUUCUUGGCAUUAUAUUCUUUCCUCCUAGUCUAUACAGUGCUUAAGACUCUUUAUACUUUGGUGCAAUGUAGAACAGAGAUCCUGCAUUAUCUUUAGUGAAGUAUGUUUAUGUAUACCAGUAUGUUUGCAACCCAGCCUGUGGCAUAUUCUAGUCUGUCUACUAUGGAUGUCUAUCAGAGCAGGUAGGGGGGGAGGGGAUUGCACGGCAAACAGCAGAGCGCGCACUGUUUCUUUGCUUGGCACAGCAAGUCGGCACUUGUCAUAUCAUUUAUUAAAACAAUCGAAAGUUCUGUA